AUGGAAGAAAGUUUUGUUGAAAAUAUAUUAUAUUUAGCAGAUUCUUAUAAAAUUACCCAUCAUAGCCAAUACCCUCCUGGUACAACUCAUGUUUAUUCUUAUUUCGAAAGUAGAGGAGGCAAAUUUCCCUCAAUAUGUUUUUUCGGUUUACAAUAUAUUCUCAAAAGAUGGUUAGUCGGGCCUGUGGUCAACAAGGCUAUGGUGCUUCAAGCAAAACAUUUUUAUAAGGUUCAUUUUGGAAACAUGGAUGUGUUUAAUGAGGAGGGUUGGAUGCAUAUAGUUGAAAAACAUAACGGUUGCCUUCCGCUGCGCAUCAAAGCUGUUCCUGAAGGAACUGUGGUUCCAGUGAAAAAUGUGUUGUUCACAGUUGAGAACACAGAUCCAGCAGUACCUUGGCUUACACAAUGGUUUGAGACAGUUCUUGUUCAAUCUUGGUAUCCACUGACUGUUUGUACUAAUUCGAGGGCCCAAAAAGAGAUCAUUGCGAAGUAUCUAUUAGAGACUAGCGAUUCUUUAGCCGGAUUACCUUUUAAACUACAUGAUUUUGGCUAUAGAGGAUCCACAUCGGUCGAGAGUGCAGGGAUCGGGGGUGCGGCUCAUCUCGUUAACUUCAUGGGAACAGAUACCAUUGCAGCUCUUCAAGUCUGUAGAAAGUUUUAUUCCUGCGUCAUGGCAGGAUUCAGCGUUCCCGCUUCUGAACAUAGUACUAUAACAACUUGGAGGAAGUGUGGGGAAUCAGCAGCCUACCGAAACAUGUUACAAAAAUUUCCUGAAGGUAUUAUUUCCGUCGUCUCUGAUUCUUAUGAUAUAUUCAAUGCUGUGGCCUCUAUAUGGGGUGAUGAGUUGAGAGAGGAAGUUAUAAGUCGAGGGGAAAACGGAUGCCUUGUCAUCCGACCGGAUUCUGGCGAUCCUAUACAAGUAGUUUUGAAGGUGUUAUCAAUAUUGGAGGAGAAAUUCCCAGUCACACUGAAUAACAAAGGUUAUAAAUUGUUGCCAAGCUAUAUUCGGGUCAUGCAGGGUGAUGGAAUAACUCAUGAAUCAAUACAAACAAUCUUAGAAUCUCUGAAGAACUCUGGCUGGAGCACAGAGAACAUUGUGUUCGGUACAGGUGGAGCUUUGCUUCAGAAGUUGGAUCGUGAUACACAAAAGUGUGCUUUCAAGUGCAGCCGAGUUAUUAUUAAUGGAGAGCAGAGAAAUGUGUCCAAAAACCCUUCGACUGACUCUGGAAAAAAAUCAAAGAAAGGCGAAUUAACAUUAGAAAUUAUCAAUGGAAAAUAUGUAACGAUUGAAGAAGGCCUCGGCAAUACUGAAGAAGAUGUAUUGGUAAAAGUUUUCGAGAACGGUCGACUUCUAGUGGACUGGACUUUAGAUGAGAUUAGAGGCAGAGCAGAGAUUGAUGUUGUUACGCAGUCAAGAGCAGGCGAAAAACUGAGUAACGGAGAUGCUGUUUGA